GCUGAGACCUCUUUGCGGUCCAGUUUGAUAAACGACAGCAGGUGAAGGAAGUCUGUCACUGAGCCGACGUCACCAUGACUUCUUUUGUCAGUAGAUACCUCAGUUUGUGUUGCAGCCUCUGCCUUCUGCUCGGAUGUAGCUUCACUUUAAGCGUUGAAGUUAAAGUUGGUGCAACCAUUACUUUAGCGUGCAAGUACGACGCUCGCUACUACGGCAAGCUGUCAGUGUGCUGGGGUCAAGGGCCCAUACCUAACAGGGGCUGCGACAAUGAACUCAUCAAGACAGAUGGAACAUCGGUCUCCAGUAGACUGUCGGAGCGUUACCUGCUCACAGGUAACAUCGGGGAAGGCGACGUGUCGCUGACUAUCACACAAGUUGCGGAGAGCGACUCGGGUGUGUACGGAUGCCGUGUGGAAAUCCCAGGCUGGUUCAACGAUCACAAACAUCAGGUGACCCUGACGGUGGUCCCAGCGUGCCCCGAUGCUCUCAAGGUGGAGAUGCGGGAGGUGGGGGACAGAACCGUCACCGUUCGCUGGUCUCGGGUGUUUGAUGGCGGAAGGCCCAUCAAGUCCUACAGGAUCGAUCUCAAGAGCAAAGAUGCGCUAUGGGAUGCCGCGGUGAUGACUCACAUAUCAAAUCCGAACCUGACUCAGGUCUCUCUGGUGGACCUGCGACCGGCAAAGUAUUACAACCUCCGCAUGUUUGCGGUCAACAGUCAAGGCAUGAGCAACGCCAGUAAUGUUCUCACAGUUGCUACAAAAGAAGCGGCACCGGAGGGUCCACCACUGGAUGUGCGUCUCCAAGCGACCUCAUCCACAAGUAUCAGAGUGUCUUGGAAGCCUCCUAGGGCGGACCUAAGAAAUGGGAUUCUACGAAGUUACAGCAUCCGCUACAGAGAGUACGACCCGGCGGGCGGGCACGUCACUCAGUGGUACCAUCAAAGCGUCACGGCCGCACAGCCGCAAGAGAGCCGCAUCUUAAGUGGAUUGAGGCCUUCCACCCAGUACGGGGUGCUCGUACAGGCCAAGACCAACGCAGGUGUGGGACCUGCCUCCGGUGCACUCCUCUGCUCCACUUUGGAUGAGCCUCUCAUAACUUCAACCGAGGCAACAUUCAACACACUUGUCACCGUUACGUGGCCGACGCUGCAGACCACAAAGUUCAUCUCAGAUCUCACAACUCCAGCAGGUGAGCUGGUUUUUGCCAGCACCGCAUGGGAACAAACCUCUACGGGUUUUUCCUCUGUGCCCCCGGACCCACCUUUUGUUCAGUUGAAGGAGGUCAGUGACAACACGGUUUCUUUUUCCUGGACUCCCGGCUUCGAAGGAGAUGCCCCCAUUUCCGGAUAUUUCCUUGAGUAUAAAGCAUCGAAUGGCUCGUGGGAUUUUGAGAAGACAGUGGUGGACUUCGGUCCAAACCAGAGAGAGGCCACCGUCGUGGAGAUAAAUCCCUUCACGUACAAUAUCCGCAUGUUUGCAAAAAGCAGUCUGGGCAAAAGUAAAGCCAGCAACAUCCUGACCUUCACGACUGGAGGUGCAGGUCAGCAGAAUCUUUUCUGGACAACCACAACCAUUAAUAUUCAUUCUGCAACAAGCUCUGGGGAAGGGGGAAAUGGUCACCUCGCUGCUAUCGUUGUUCCACUUGUGCUGGUGAUAUUGUUGGUGGUUGCCAUAGUGACGAUAUGGCGCCUGAGACGGAUCAAAGUGAAAAAAGGCAACUUUAGCCUGUGGCUGAGCCGAGGAGCAAUACUUUACAGAGGCUCGGAGUCCAUGCAAGAGCUGUGAGACGUGUUUCUUCAUCACAAAUAAGGAAACCGCAGUGCCCGGAGAAAACCCACGCAGGCACGGGGAGAACAUGCAAACCCCACGCAGACGGGCCCGGGAUUUGAACCCCGGUCCUCCUCGGAACUGUGAGGCCAAUGCUCUAAGCAGACCAUGCAUCAUCAAUGAAAAUGUAUGAGUUCAACUCAAAAGAUCUGUGACUUAGUGCAGAAUGAAUUUCUACUUCUUCAGGUUUUCUAUGGCUGUUGUCCGUGUAGUGACGCUGAUAGAUUUUCCAUCUUCUCUCAUCUUCACAAUUCAGUCAAUUAAUUCUUUUAAUUAUUCUCGAUGGCAUGUUAGUGACACCUCUCACUAGUAUAAAUCUGAGACUGAGUGCAGACAGAGCUCUUUAUUGUUUGAUUUUCAAAUCAAUGUGUCACUCUGCGCAGAAAACCUGCCAGUUACAUGAUCAAAUACAUUUUCUCAACUGAAAUAAAAAACAA